UGUUUCAGAUAUAUAAUGAAAAAGAGCUACUCCAAGGAAAGCUGGAUCUCCUUAGUGAUACCAACAUGGUGGAUUUUGCUAUGGAUGUGUACAAAAAUCUUUAUUCUGAUGAAAUUCCACAUGAUUCAUCUGAAGUUGGAGAUAAUUUCUCCUUAUUAGAACACUUCAUAUCAGCUUUGCGUGAGAAGAGAACAACUGUUGUUGCACAGCUGAAGCAGCUUCAAGCUGAAACUGAACCUAUUGUCAAGAUGUUCGAGGACCCAGAGACUACAAGACAAAUGCAGUCCACUAGGGAUGGUCGGAUGCUGUUUGACUAUUUAGCUGAGAAGCAUGGUUUUAGGCAGGAGUACCUAGAUACACUCUACAGGUAUGCAAAAUUCCAGUAUGAAUGUGGUAAUUACUCAGGAGCUGCAGAAUAUCUCUACUUCUUUAGGGUUCUGGUUCCAGCAACAGACAGAAAUGCUUUGAGUUCUCUGUGGGGAAAACUGGCAUCUGAAAUUCUGAUGCAGAAUUGGGAUGCAGCCAUGGAAGAUCUCACAAGACUAAAGGAGACGAUAGAUAAUAAUUCUGUCAGUUCCCCGCUGCAGUCUCUUCAGCAAAGAACAUGGCUCAUCCACUGGUCUUUGUUUGUGUUUUUUAAUCAUCCUAAAGGAAGAGACAAUAUCAUUGACCUUUUUCUCUAUCAACCACAGUAUCUCAAUGCAAUUCAGACAAUGUGCCCACAUAUCCUCAGAUAUUUGACUACUGCAGUCAUAACAAAUAAGGAUGUUCGAAAACGUAGACAAGUGCUGAAAGAUCUAGUCAAGGUUAUUCAGCAGGAGUCCUACACAUACAGGGACCCUAUCACAGAGUUUGUGGAAUGCUUGUAUGUUAAUUUUGAUUUUGAUGGUGCACAGAAGAAGCUGAGAGAGUGUGAAACAGUGCUUGUGAAUGAUUUCUUCUUAGUGGCAUGCCUUGAGGACUUCAUUGAGAAUGCCCGUCUCUUUAUAUUUGAAACUUUUUGUCGCAUCCAUCAAUGUAUCAGCAUUGG